AUGGAAUUAUUUUUUGAGAGAGACCAGGUUAUCGCUCUUUGUCCAUCACAUAGAUCUGUCUUUGUUUUUCAAUUAUUUCGCUAUCUGCGAAAAGAUCUAUCAACUAUAAUACAUUCAUUAUCAUCACCAAACAAGUGUGACAUCACGCAUUACGCUUGGCAAGAAUUAACUAGCGAGGAUAAAAAAUAUGCAGCAAUACAUUUGAACGAGACCGACGAGACUAGAAAGAAUGCCAUCAAAGAGAUUAAACGAUGGAUUAAAGAAAAUGACAACUUGCCCGCACAAAUUGAUAACUUUCUCAUUUUACAAUUUUUGAGAGUCGACAAAUUUGAUCUCGAAAAAACUAAAUACAGAAUCCGAAACUAUUAUAAGCAUCGGUCCAAUGUACCGGAAUGGUAUAGCAGUAAGGAUCCGUUUCAACCGGAACUGCAAGAGAUACUUAAUCUGGGAAUAUUUUUGCCCUUGCGAAAGCCGGAUAGUCAAGGAAGAACGGUUUACCUUGUGCGCGCAGCUCGGCAUGACCCGAGAAUACACAAAAUAUCAAACCUAGCUAAGAUCUGUGCAAUGGCCUUAGAUGCGGCGAUGAAAUAUAAUGUCGCAGGAUCUGUAUAUGGUUAUACAUGGUACGUAGAUGUAUCCAAUGUAACUGCACGCCAUAUUUUUCAAUUGACACCGUCUACGUUAAAAAAUUUGGUCGAUACAUGGCAAAAAUGCUACCCGCUAAGAUAUCAGAAGAUUGUUCUUUUCAACGUACCAAUGAUCUUUGAUAUUGUUGUGAGGAUUCUCAGAUCUUUCAUGACACAGAAGUUGAAAAACAGAUUUUACGUCUGCUCCCACGAGAACUGUUUUGAAGAGAUUCCAACUGAUGGCUUGCCUGUCGAAUAUGGCGGUACCGGUGAAACAAUUCAGGAGUUAACAGAAUUUUGGAAAAAAUUUAUCGAGGAUAAUCGCGACUGGCUUACGAAGGAUGAGAAUAAUCAAAUUAUCCAGACAACCGAACCUACAGAGGAUUUUUAGCAUAUUUAUAAUUUUCUGACGACUUAGGACAAUAAAUUAUCAAAGCAUUAAAACGAACAAUCAUUUGCUAACAGUGUUUAAAAACUCUAAGAAUCAAUCAUUGGAUUCUAAAAUGUACAAUGAAAUACUAGU